AUGCCAGGGCAGAGCCGCGCGACUCAGAACCCCCCAGGCAGCGGCGGCAACACCCCAAUCUCUUUCCGACCGAACGUGAAUCGUGCAAAGACGAAGCGCUGGGUAGAGGCCAAGUCUGUCUCAUAUGAUGGUGGAGAUUGGGGUGAUGAGGAUUCCGAAGAAGAGGAAGAAGAGCCCGGGCCACCACCACCUCCUUACCUAUCACAACGAACAGCAAGCUCUGAACUGAGUUCAAGACGUUUAUCAGGGAUUGCCGACUCCCCCCGCUCCAAGCCCUCAACCGAAGACACUCCCUUUUCUGCAUCUCCGGUGGUCAGUACUCCCUUUAAUGCCCCGGCACAACCGACUGUUGCUGGAAGUGAUGCACCAACAGUUGAUGCUUCAGGCGCUGCCUCAGAUACAGCAGCUCCAGCCGUUGGUCUGCCGGAGGUCAAACGCCUAUCAGGAUUUGGUGCGGAUUUCCUGGGUGGAAGCAGCGACCUGAGCUCUGAACAGCCACCUUCCAUUCCGGAGCAGGAGAGCACCUUGCAUCAUAAUAACUCCCAGGCCUCGCAAGAAUCUCAAGGAUUCACGUCAGUAGUACACCAGGCCUUUGAUGUUCCAGAAACCCCCAAUUCCACCGCCCCCACUGUUUCGCGGACGAAUAGCGACGGGACGUCUGGAGUCAGUCCCAUUAUCAACCGUAGUUUUGAGGACAGGACACCCACUAUUCCCGAGGAGCCUACCGAGUCAACUCCCACCGACACUCUUAAUGGUGGACCUCAGUUCAUCCCUGGCCACCGCCGUGAUCUGAGCCUGCCACAUCCAGAUAAUGAUCCCUCGAAAAGACCAGUUGUCAUGGAUAACCAAGCUCCUUCAGCGGCUCACGCUGAAGUAGCUGCUACGACUCCCUCCGUUCAGAUCCCACCUUCAGAACAGCCCAUGAAUAAUGCGUCUUCCACCUCACCUGAGAAGGACUUUGUUGCUCCCCUCAAGUUCGGUUCUUCUGGCCAACCUAGCACUGAAGGCUAUCGUGGCAAUAUCCCCACGAUUAUACCCGCUGGCGGAAGCGCAGACCCUUCUCCCCAAGACACGGAUAAUGAUCGGCUUCGAGAGGAAAUCAUGCGUUCAUUGAGCAGAGAGGGAUCCGAGGAGCCCGAGCCAAUAUCUCAGCCCCAGGUAGAGACUUCGAAAGAAGAGAUUGUGGCAAAUCAGGCAGCGACACCCUUGGAUGGACCGACUGGCCCGAAUAUUGCUGAAACCCCACGACCUCUGGAUUCAAGCUCGCAGGAUCCAUACGCAUCCCCCGAAACCUCGCGCGAUGUCGCUUCUCCUGCUGCAUUCGCUGGGACCCAAAUGCCUACCAAACCACGGCUUGCGAGAAGAUUCUCUUGGGAGUCAGCUUCUUCAGCGGAUGAACCGACAUUCCAGUCUGCUAACAUCUGGCUCCAAGAGACCCCUCCUCCUGCUGUCAAUGAUUUCAAUCAGGCACCAUUAGAAGACAGAAAGGAGCUACCACAAUCGGAUGACGAGGGUUCUGAAGCUCCUGCGGUUGAAAGACCUAGGCUUUCCAUUGUCCCUCCUGUUCCCGAGGGUGGACUGCCACCCCCACAAAUCGCCGGUCCCACGGACGGCCUAUCCUCCUCUCAAGGAGCGCCUUCAACAGGCACUGUACCAAUUCCGGCAGACGAGACCAAGCUUAAGGGUUUCCGGGAGAUCCUUCAGUUUGCUGCUCCUCAUCAACGUAUCAAGGCGUUUGAAGAAACUCGUUCACAAUUUGCAACACUCGAUACCGGCUUGAACCGCUGGAUUCAAAUUACUGUCCAAGCUCACCCUGAGCAUAGGGAUGUCGUCGAGCAAAGCCAGAGCCUCGCCUCGGCUCCCCCUCAGAACUCUCCUACCAGAGCCCGGUUCCCGAAAUUGACAUCCCUCGGCACCCUCCACAGCAAUGAUAGUACUACCACCAGUGCAAGCCAUGCCAGGAAGUCCUCGGCUCAUAUUGGAACCAUUGUGAACCGGACAAACGUGGAGCAGCGUGGAAAAGAAUUCCUUCAUACUGCAGGUAUAUUUGGCGGCAAAGCUGGUGAAACCGCGAAAGGUUUAUUCGCCAAGGGGAGGAGCAAGCUCCGAGCCAGUGGAGACAAGGUUUCAUCGCCCAUCUCCCGCAGCAAACCUCAUAACACAGAGCCAAACACUGGUUCUGAAGAUGGGGGUGGCUUUUCCAUACGCAACUCUGUCACAUUCGGCAGCCUAUCCAACAUGAAGUUCGGUCGAAACUCCGGUGUGAAGGAGAGCGAGCCUUCUGGUAAACGCCUUAAGCCCAGUCGAUCCCUGGAUCUCCUCGGACUCGAGAAUCUUAGCACCGUGCAUUCUUCAGAUGCAAAUAUGCCUCCCGUUCAAAACUUACCAGCGCAACCCGACAUGGAACAUCCAGAUGCCCAGGAGACAGUCGCUUCGAAGCCUGCCACAUCUUCAAACGCACCAGAUGGCCAACAAUCACAAGACAUCCGCCGAUUAUCCAAGGGUGGCAAUGCCAUACUGGAUCAACAACUCGAGAAAGAGGGGCAAGAGCAAGGGCAGCACCCGGCUACGUCGAUUCGCCCAGUUGCCCCGUCUGAGCAUCCAUCCACAAGUGCACCGGGCGGUGCUGAAGCUGCCUCGGCUUUGCCAGAGAGCCCUCCUGACGAUAUCCUACCACUUGAUUUCAAUUUCGCGCUGAACUACAAGCCUAGAAUUCACAUGAAACAGCAGCCGUCCGUUUCUAGCCUUGGGGCAGAUGAACGGCACAUGACUGAACAUUUUGAAGGUCCACCUUCGCCGUUGAUUCCCUCUGUGAAGGAUGAGACCGAAACGAAGGAUGACCUUAAUCUUCGCGAUACGACAGAUGUGACCGAUACGACAGAUGUGACCGAUACGGCGGGUGAUCUCGCUGAGGAGCUCGCUGUCGGUGACAAGCCCAAGGGUCCUCUAAACGAAGGCAAUACACCAGUUGUUGAAAGGCCUAAAACAACAUCGAAAACAUUCGCGCCUUUGCCACCCCACGGGAAACCAAGUGAGCCAUCCACUGGACCGUGGCCGUCCGACGAAAAGCACACGUGGGACUUUGAGCCCAUCUUUCCCGCCUAG